AUGAGCACGUUGAACGACCUCGUCGCGCGGCGGUCCGCGCCGCGGACGGACUGGACGCGCGAGGAGAUCGCGGCCGUCUACGACGCGCCGCUCCUCGAGCUCCUGCGCGACGCCGCGGCCGUGCACCGGGCGCACUGGGACUCGCGGGACGUGCAGCAGUGCACGCUCCUGUCCAUCAAGACGGGGGGCUGCACGGAGGACUGCGGCUACUGCAGCCAGAGCGUCCGGCACAAGACGCACGUGAAGCCGACGCGGCAGCUGCCCGUGGACGACGUCCUCGCGGCGGCGAAGCGCGCCAAGGCCGCGGGCUCGUCCCGCUUCUGCAUGGGCGCGGCCUGGCGCGAGCUCGGCAACAAGAAGAAGGCCUUCCGCGAGAUCCUCGAGAUGGUCGAGAAGGUCAACGCCGAGGGCUUGGAGGUCUGCGCGACGCUGGGCAUGCUCAACGAGGAGCAGGCGCGGCAGCUCAAGGACGCGGGGCUCACGGCCUACAACCACAACCUCGACACGUCCCGCGAGUUCUACCCGUCGGUGAUCUCCACGCGGACCUACGACGACCGCCUCGCGACGAUCGCCAACGUGCAGAAGGCGGGCAUCUCCGUCUGCUCGGGGGGCAUCCUGGGCCUCGGCGAGGAGGAGAAGGACCGCGUCGGGCUCCUGCACGAGCUCGCGAACCUCCCCGGGGGGCACCCGGAGUCCGUGCCCAUCAACGCUUUGGUCGCCGUCCCGGGCACGCCCAUCGGCGACGGCGGCAAGGCCGAGCCCGUCGACGUCUUCGGCAUGUGCCGCAUGAUCGCCGCGGCGCGCAUCGUCCUCCCCAAGACCAUGGUCCGCCUCUCCGCGGGCCGCCUCGAGUUCUCCAAGGGCGAGCAGGCGCUCAUGUUCAUGGCGGGCGCGAAUUCCAUCUUCAACGGCGACGUGCUCCUCACGACGCCGAACCCGAAGUUCAGCGAGGACGCCCAGCUCUUCGACACGCUCGGCCUCCGCGGCCUCAAGCCCAAGCCCACGACGACCCACCUCAAGCGCGAGGUGGACGCGCCCAUGGCCGCGUAG